AGCUCCCAGCUGGAAUCCUCCGCUUCCGCUGGGUCACUGUCGCCGCUACUCCUUUUCUCCCCCUUAAAAGCUCCAAGGGCCACUCCCUUCUCUAGUGCUCCACGUCCGCUCGCCCUCGGGGGGCCAGACCAGCGACAUGGAGGGUUGCGCCGGGGAAGAAUCUUUUCAGAUGUGGGAGCUCAAUCGACGCCUGGAGGCCUACCUGACCCGGGUCAAGACGCUGGAGGAGCAGAACCAGCUGCUCAGCGCCGAGCUUGGGGGACUCCGGGCGCAGUCGGGGGACGUCUCCUGGCGAGCCCGAGCCGACGACGAGCUGGCAGCCCUGCGGGUCCUCGUCGAUCAGCGCUGGCGGGAGAAGCACGAGGCUGAGGUGCAGCGCGACAACCUUGCGGAAGAGCUGGAGAGCGUGGCGGGCCGGUGCCAGCAGGUGCGGCUCGCCCGGGAGCGGACCAUCGAGGAGGUCUCCUGCAGUCGGCGAGCGCUCGAGGCGGAGAAGAAUGCGCGGGGCUGGCUGAGCACCCAGGCGGCCGAGCUGGAGCGGGAGUUAGAGGCUCUACGAGCUGCGCACGAGGAAGAGCGCGCGCACUUGAACGCCCAGGCCGCCUGUGCGCCGCGCCGGCCCCCCGCGCUGGCCCACGCAUCCCCCGUCCGGGCCCCCGAAGUCGAGGAGCUGGCCAGGCGCCUAGGCGAAGUGUGGCGCGGGGCGGUGCGUGAUUACCAGGAGCGCGUGGCUCACAUGGAGAGCUCGCUGGGCCAGGCCCGCGAACGGCUGGGCCAAGCCGUGAGGGGCGCUCGGGAGAGUCGCUUAGAGGUGCAGCAGCUGCAGGCUGAUCGCGACAGCCUCCAGGAGCGCAGAGAGGCGCUGGAACAGAGAUUGGAAGGCCGCUGGCAGGACCGGCUGCAGGCCACUGAAAAGUUCCAGCUGGCCGUGGAAGCCCUGGAGCAGGAGAAGCAGGGUCUACAGAGCCAGAUAGCUCAGAUCCUGGAAGGUGGGCAGCAACUGGCACACCUCAAGAUGUCCCUUAGUCUGGAAGUGGCUACAUACAGGACUCUGCUGGAGGCGGAGAACACUCGGUUGCAGACACCUGGACGAAGUUCCCAGGCUUCUCUUGGCUUUCCCGACCCCAGACUGAAGCUGCAUUUCCUUGGGAUACCAGAGGACCAGCACCUGGGAUCUGUGCUCCAUGUCCUCAGCCCGACGUCCUUCCCUUCCCCCCUGCCUAAUACCCUUGAGACUCCUGUGACAGCCUUUCUGAAGACACAGGAAUUCCUUAAGGCCAGAACCCCCACCUUGGCCAGCACUCCCAUCCCACCCAUGUCCGAAGCUCCCCGUCCUACAAAUGCAGAGGUCAGAGCCCAGGAUGUCCCUCAUUCCCUGCUCCAGAUACAGGGUGGGAGGCAACAGGCUCCAGAGUCUCUUUGGGCUGAGGCCACAGUGCCCAGUUCUACUGGUGUACUCCCAGAGCUGGAGGAGCCUGGGGGCAAGCAGCUGGACCACUUCCCUGAUGGUCCAACCUCCUUAGCUCCACCCCUCAACCCUCACCACUCUAUUUUAGAGGCUAAAGAUAGAGAAUCCAGUGAGUCUAGAGUUUCUAGCAUAUUCCAGGAAGAAGAAGGGCAAAUCUGGGAACUUGUAAAGAAAGAAGCAGCCAUAGAGGUAAAAGUAGAGAACAUCUUAGCACAGGAAAUACAAGAAAGUGGUCUGGACACAGAAGAAAUUCAGGAUUCCCAGGGACCUUUGCAGAAGGAAACCCUGGAGGCUCUAGGAGAGGAGCCACUGAUGUCUCUGAAAAUCCAGAGCCAUGAGACCCCAGGAAAGGAGAAUUGCAAUUCAUCUAUAGAAGAGAACCCAGGGACACUAAAAAGCCCAGAAAAAGAAAAACAAACACCACUGAAGUCUUUAGAAGAAAAGAAUGUAGAGGCAGAGAAAACUCUAGAAAACGGGAUUCUUGAACUAUCUAAGCCUUUAGGAAAAGAAGAACCAAGAAUGGAGGAUCAAGAAUUAGUGUCUCCUGAACACACACUAGAGACAGUUUCAUUUCUAGGAAAGGAAAAUCAAGAAAUAGUGAGGUCUUCCGAAGAGCUGAACUUAGAAUCAUUGAUAACUUUUAAAGAAGAGAGCCAAUACCCACUGGGAUGUCCAGAAGCCGAGGACCAGAUGCUUGAGAGACUGGUAGAGAAAGAGGAUCAGAGCUUCCCAAGGUCUCCAGAAGAGGACCAGCAGGCAUUUAGACCUCUGGAGAAAGAGAAUCAGGAGUCACUAAGGUUUGAAGAAGCAGAAGACCAGAUGCUUGAGAGACUGGUAGAAAAGGAGAGUCAGGUGUCCCUGAAAUCUCCAGAAGAAGAGGACCAGAGGAUUGGGAAGCCUCUAGAAAGAGAGAAUCAGGAAUCUCUGAGGUCUCUUGAUGAAAACCAGGAGACAAUUGUACCACUAGAAAGCAGGAACCAGAGGCCACUGAGAUCUCUAGAAGUAGAAGAGGAGGAGCAGAGGAUUGUGAAACCUCUAGAAAAAGUGAGCCAGGACUCCCUCGAAUCUCUCGAAAAAGAGAAUGCGCAGCCACUAAGGUAUCUGGAAGAAGAUGACCAUGACCUCAUGAUUAAGAGCCUGCUAGAAGACAAGACUCAUGAGACCCUGGGAUCUCUUGAAGAUAGAAAUGGGGAGAACUUUAUACCACCAGAAAGUGAGACCCAGGGUUCUUUGAGGCCUCCAGAGGAAGAGGACCAGAGGAUUGUGAACCAUCUAGAAAAGGAAAGCCAGGAGUUCCUGAGGUCUUCAGAAACACAGGAAGAAGAAGAAGAAGAAGAGCAGGUGAUGGAGAGAUCUCUAGAAGGAGAAAACUAUGACCCACUGAGUUCUGUAGUGAAAGAGGAGCAAAUGGCUGAGAGCCAGCUAGAGGAAGAGAGUCAGAACUCCGUGAAGUCUCUUGAAGAUGAGAACCAGGAGACCUUUUGGUCUCUGGAAAAAGAGAAUCUAGAGUCCCUGAGGUCUCUAGCAGGACAGGACCAAGAGGAACAGAAACUUGAACAAGAGACCCAGCAGCCACUGAAGGCUGUAGAGGAUGAGCAGAGGGCAGUGAGCCCUCCAGAAAAGGUGGAUCCAGAGUUAUCAAAGCCUCUUAGAAAUGACCAGGAAGUAAUCAGAUCUCUUGAUAAAGAAAGUCAAGAGUCACUAGUGUCACUGAAUGAAGGAGGUAUGGAGACAGUAAAGUCUUCAGAAACAGAGAACAUAGAAUUACUGGAGACUGUGGGAGAGUGCCUGGGAAGAAGGAAGUCUGUAGACACUCAAGAGCCAUUGUGGUCUACAGAAGUGACUAGUCAGACAGUAGACCCUCUAGAAGAUGAGACCCAAGAACCACUGGGGUAUGUGGAUGAGAACCAAGAGAUGCUGACACCCCUUGAAAGGGAGAGUCAAGAACUGGGAUCUCUGGGCAAGUGGAACCCAGAGACUGUGGAAUCACCAGGAGGGUUGGAGGACAGUCAGCAGUGCCUGGAAGUGGAAGAGGGUCCGGAGUGGGAGCAGCACCAAGAGUCUCUGAGGUCUCUGGGAGAGGGGGAGCGGGAGCUGCCUGGAUCUGGAAAUCGACAGAGGUGGGAGGAUGUGGUGGAGGACGGAGAAGUGGGUCAGGAAGCAUCCCUGGGGACUACAGGAGUGGAAACUGAGGAUAAGGCAGAGUUACAUCUGAGGGGCCAAGGUGGGGAGGAGGAAGAGCUGCAGCAGGAUGUUGUGGGGGAGCCCAAGGAGCAGAGGGUCCCUGCUGAGCCCCUCGAUGAUCUGGAGGGACAACCAGAGCAGACGGGGGCCCUAGAGAUCCCAGUUGCUCAGGAAAUGCCAGAGGUGACAGAGCAAGAUGAGGACAGAGCCCAAGCAGGUGAACAAGACUCCGUAGAGGUGACCUUUGGGUUAGAGGCUGCCAGAGCUGGACUGGAACUCGAGCAGGAAGUGGUAGGGCUAGAGGACCCAAGGCAUCUCGCCAGGGAGGAGGCCAUUCACCCAUUCCCUGGGGAGGAAAGUGUGAAGGCAAAGAUAGCUCAGAGCUUGGAAGAGCCUGGAAAGGAACCAAAAGAGGCAGGUGCUCUGGACUCAGGCAUCCCUGAGUUACCCAAGACUAGCAGUGAGGCUCUGGAAUGCAAGGGCUGCGAAGAGUCUGGGGAGGGCUGGGGAGAAGAGGAGGCCUCGCUGGAGACCUCAGACCACGAGGGCAGCCAUGCCCCUCAGCCCAGGCCCCCCGAGACAGAGGAAGAUGAGGGUGUACAGGCAGCGCUAACAGUCCCUGGUCCCAUCCCGAUCUUGACAGAUGCCCAUGAGCUGCAGCCCCAGGUUGAGGGGAUUCAGGAGGCUGGGUGGCAGCCGGAAGCUGGGACUGAAACACUGGGAAGAGUAGAUGAGCCGGAGUUUGGUCGUGGGGAGACCCCCGAGGGCCUCCAGGAUUGGGAAGAGGAGAGAGAAGACAGUGAGGCCGAUAAGUUAGGGGAAACCCUCCCUGACUCUACUCCCCUGGGCCUCUACCUGAAGUCUCCUGCCUCCCCAAAGUGGGAGCUGGCUGGAGAACAGAGGCUUUCCCCUCAAGGGGAGGCCAGGAAGGAAGGCUGGGGUCCUGCUGUCCUGGCUGCCCAGGGUCUCAGUGACCCACCAGACGAAGAGCAGCAAGGCCAUGACCCUGACCUCUCAUCUGAGGAGUUUGAGGACCUAGGGACUGAGGCCUCUCUUCUUUCAGGGGUUCCCAAAGAGGUGGCUGAUCAUCUGGGCCAAGCGCCCCCAGUACUGCAGCCUGCAUGCUGGGAUCAGGGUGGGGAGUCUGAUGGGUUUGCUGAUGAGGAAGAGAGUGGGGAGGAGGGAGAGGAAGAAGAUGCUGAUGAAGAAGAAGGAGCAGAAGCAGGGGCUCAAUGGUGGGGACCAGGGCCCUCUGGUGGAGGUGUCAGGGUCCAGGAUAUCACCCAGAGAGGGGACCUGGAACAUGAAUCUGUGGGUGACAGCGGUCUCUGGGACGAUGGCUUGAGAGGCGCUGCAGCCGGUGUCCCUAUAACUGCCCUAGAGACGGUGUCUCAGGACAGCGCUGAGCCUUCCGGGCCAGAGGGGUCUGAGUCUGCUUCCUCGGAGGGGGAGGAAGAUCAAGCGACUGACCAUUUAGAUGCCCCCCAAGAGGUGACUAGCGUGGUCCCAGGGGCAGGAGAUACCUUUGAUAUCAGUGGCCAGGGCCCCAACUUGGUGUCAGAGCAAGUGAAUGGGAGGAUGGAGAAUGGGCUAGAGCAGGCUGAGGGGCAAGUGGUUCUGGAUGGGGAUGAGGAUCAAGGCCUCCCUUUACAGGGACAGGGUACCCUAAAGGCCCCUUUGGUAGGGUCUCCUGUGCAUCUAGGCCCAAGCCAGUCGCUGAAGUUCACUCUGAGUGGGGUAGAUGGAGACUCCUGGUCCUCAGGGGAAGACUAGAAACAGCCCCUCUGGCACUGAGGACUUAGUGGGGUGGGGGUGGGAGAUGUCCCUCCCUGCUCUGGGCCAGCUUUGAUAACUUGACCUGUGGUAUCUGUCCUGGAGAGGUGUGGCUGGCUGAGACGGAGGUGAGACCCUGCCUGGAUCACCCUGAAGGCUCAGGUCAGCUGAGCCCAUAGUUCAACGCCCCCCUUUCUUCUGUGGCUCACCUGCUGGAAGAGGCCUGGGCCCAGAGCUUUCCCACGAGGCUGCUCCGGCCAGAGCUCGCUAGCCCUGCUUGUCUACAGUAGCACCACCGGCACAGGGUCUGGUUGCAUGCCCAGAGGAGCUGAGGGCAGCAAUGAUGAGCGACCCCCUCCUCUCAUCUCAGCCUGCUGAGAUCUUGUUCCUCUCUUCCUCCCUUGAAUAAAGCUGUGUCCCUACCUACAA